UCACACGUCGAUGGUAAAGACGCUGCGGUCCGACGUCGGGCUGGCCGGCAAGGUCGUCGCGUUCAAUGCCACAAGCGCGGGCUCCCGCAAGCCGAAGCGCUCCAACGGCGAGAUCCCGCUGCUGAUCAUCCGGCCGAUCGACGGCAAGAAGAAGAAGAAGGUCUACAAGGAUCCCGGCGUGAAGAUCAUGUCCGGGGGCGUGGCCUCGUAUGGGAACUACCCGGAAAUCCAUACGAGCGAUGGCGAAAUCUUCUCGCUGGAGCACAUGCUGCCAAUCCUCGGCCUGGAGGGGAUGGUCUUCAAGGGCAUGCCCAAGUACCCGCACUUGUCGAACCAUUUCAUUCCGUCCCCACAGUUUAAGCCAUCGGAGUUCCACCAGUUCCUGACGUCUUCUCCGGGUAAGGGCAAGGAAGAACUGCUGCAUCCGACGCUUUCGCUGGGUCCCUCCUCAUCGGGGGUGUCUUACAAGCCUACGGAGUCCGGAGCUCCGGCUCAGUCGCUUCCGUCGCCACCACCGCCGAACUUUGCGCCGGCCAUCAAUACCGAAGAUCAGCUGCUGAAGCUGGGUCAGCAGGCUAUUAGCAAGCUGGAGACGCCCGGAUCGACGGCAUCGCUGGUCCAGGAAAAGCCGGCCUUUGUGAAGCCGGACCAACUACCAAGCAAGUUCAAUUUUCACAAAAUGCCAUUAGAACACACCCAAAUUGUUAAAGCUAUCCCACUCAACCACGCAGGCUUCGGUUCGUCGAGCUUCUUCGGUGGUCACAAUGACAUUUUCAAGCAUCAAAAGCCAAGCUUUGGUCCUGCUCCCUCCUCCCAACAAACCUUUUACAAGAAACCCCAAAUGGUCAGUCCGUUGUCAAUUUCGACCAACUUUUACUACCCAAAGAAUGUUGCCACUGAAGAGCAGCAACAGCAUCAGUACUACAAACAUCAAUCCCAACAUCAGUCCCAAGCUCCCCAAACCUACUCCCACCAAGCCCCGGCUCCGACUCCGGUGACUCACGUCAACUACUACUUCCCCAAGGAGAUCGAAGCCUCUCCCCAACCUCAGCCCCAAACCGUGGCCCACCAAUAUCCGGCACCCCCAUCCCUUCAGCAUCCCUCCAUCCCGGUGAACACAGUUCAAAAUGGCGAACAUGUUGACUUUGUUGUUCCCAAGCAACCCUCCCACGAAUCCCAGAGCAAUCCCUCGGACAAGCAGCCCUUCACGGCGUUCAAGAACCAGUACAAGCAAACCUUCCAAAAGUACCAGGCCCUGCCCCAGCAGCAGCUCCAGCAGCCCAACUUUUACGCUCAAAAACAGCAACCCCAGUUCGAGUACUCCAACUCCAAACCCAACAGCUAUGAAAACGGUCCCGUCACCUACGAAUACCACGGUCCCUCCUCCUACCACAACCGGUCCAAGGUCGAAACGCAGCACCUGCCGGAACCUCUCCCAUACUCCGCUCCCCAGUACCUGCCCCUGCCCCAGGCCCAACCCCUCCAACAGCCCGCUCCCGCCCUAACCCUGCACCAGACCCAUCCCCACCAGCACCAAAGCCAGCAGCAGCAGCCCAGUCCCCAGUCCCAGUCCUUCCAAUCGUCCUCCCACCAAAGCAGCAACGGAGCCCACUGGAAGCUGGCCCGGCGCAACCACGACCACAUCAAGCCCGUCGUCGAGCCGGCGGUGGACUCCGAGGCGGACAGUUCCCACGCGCCAACCAGCCCGGUCCAGUCGGUGGUCGUCAAGUCGUCGAAGCCCGUCGAAAAGUCCACCACCGAGGUGAAGGUCGAGGUCAAGCAUCCGGUGUCCGUUGUCGCGCAGUCCAGGUCGGAUGAUAAGCAGCAGGGAGCAAGACAGGAGCAGAAGCAGCAGCAGGAUAACGGAAGCAGUUCAGGGUCAUCGGCGACAACGAGAAAGCCACGGCAGUGAAGAUUUCAAAGCAAUCUAACGGCCAGCGAGCACGUGAAUCUACCGGUGUGAAUGCUGAGAGUGAGAAAGAGGUCAGAUAACAUGAUGAGAGAGAGAAAUCUUCAGCCACCUGUUGAUAACAACGUCGAAAGAUGGAGGAAAACCCCCGAAAACAUCGCACGAACGGAAAGCUUUCCUGAAAGUUUGGAGCUUUUACGUAAUUGACGCGGUGGCUGUCGUUGAACUUUUGUGAGGCGCAUUUGUAUCAGAAGCUUGCUGAUUUGUUGUUAAAUUAUAAUUAUACUGCUAAUGUUGAAUUGUUUGUGUGAGAAUGAUUGUUUGUUAGAAGAAUGAAAGAGAGUUAGUUUGAGUUAUAAUGAUUUGUUUAAAAGUUACCUAACCAGAAUUGUUAAAGUUUGAUUUCAUGGUUCUUUCUCCCUGUCUAAGCCUUCCAUAGAUUUCAAACCUAGCAAAUAAUCGUAAACUCUACUGAUAGUGAAUAAUUUAUUGACUCUGCUUAAGAUUGAUUGAGUUUCAAUCGAUGCUUGCAGAAACUGCUCCCUGAUGAGCAAAAAAACCUUCUUCUAGAUUGUAGACCACCUUUGGAUAACAAACAAAAAAUAUCGAAAAUAAAGAGAUGAAAAUAAAAAUGA